AUGACUCCUUCACUCCUCCUGGUUGCCCUUUGCUUGGGAAUAGCCUCAGCUGCUCCAAAACUUGAUCACAGAUUAUCUCUACAAUGGAACCAGUGGAAGACAACACACCAGAAACUAUAUAACGAGAAUGAAGAAGGAUGGAGGAGAGCAGUGUGGGAGAAGAAUAUGAAAAUGAUUGAACUGCACAAUUGGGAACACAGCCAAGGGAAACAUAGCUUCACCAUGGCAAUGAAUGCCUUUGGUGACAUGACCAAUGAAGAAUUUAGGCAGGCAAUUAACGGUUUUCAAUACCAGAAGCACAGGAAGGGGAAAGUGUUUCAAGAACCGCCCUAUGCUGAGAUCCCCCUGUCUGUGGAUUGGAGAGAGAAAGGCUAUGUAACUCCUGUGAAGGAUCAGGGUCAGUGUGGUUCUUGUUGGGCUUUCAGUGCAACUGGUGCCCUUGAAGGACAGAUGUUCCGGAAAACUGGCAAACUUGUUUCGCUGAGUGAGCAGAACCUGUUGGACUGCUCUCAACCUCAAGGCAAUUAUGGCUGUAAUGGUGGCCUAGUGAAUAAUGCCUUCCAGUAUGUCAAGGAAAACAAAGGACUGGACUCAGAAGCAUCUUAUCCAUAUCAUGCAAGGGAUGAGUCUUGCAAAUACAAGCCCGAGUUUUCUGCUGCCAAUGACACUGGUUUUGUGAACAUCCAUAGGCAGGAGAAGUCUCUUAUGAAAGCAGUGGCAAGUGUGGGACCCAUUUCUGUUGGUAUAGAUGCAAGCCUUAUAUCCUUCCAGUUCUAUAAAAGAGGUAUUUAUUAUGAUCCAAAAUGCAGCCACAAGGACCUGGAUCAUGGUGUUCUGGUGGUUGGCUAUGGCUUUGAAGGAGCAGUACCGGAUAACAAUAAAUAUUGGAUUGUCAAGAACAGCUGGGGUACAGUUUGGGGCAUGAAUGGCUACAUAAAGAUGGCCAGAGACCGGGACAACCACUGUGGAAUCGCCACCGCGGCCAGCUAUCCUACUGUGUGA